AUGGCAAGUCAUCUAGAUCAACCUUCCAUUGGUCCGGAGAACCCUCCACCCCAACUGGAAUGUCCUAUGCAGCCUACUGCAGAACAAAGUGACCAUGGCAUAGCCUAUCAUCCUUCCCAUAAGCGGAAUGCCUGUACAACCUGUCGGCGGAUGAAGUCCAAAUGUGACAUGGAAAAGCCUACCUGUGGAGCUUGCUCUAAAUAUAACCGAGCAUGCACCUACGAGGCGACGCGGAAGAAAAGUGGUCCAAAGCGAGGAUAUACGGCCGUCCUGGGCUCUCGAUUAGCACAGGUGGAAGCACUGCUUAGUACCCAAAUGCUUGGUAUUGCAGGGAAUCAACCCCCUUCUGCCACUUUUCUGGACGAAUGGGUAGAUGGAGCCGCUGGCACUAAUAUGAGCGAUACUGGUUCUCACCCAAACUCAACGGCAGAAACCGAGUCCUCGUCAUCAAGCGCGACUGACGGGACAUAUCCAGGACCCGCCGUCGCGAUGGAUAUGAUUAGUUUAGGGAACCGGAUCUACUUCGAAGAUGUCCACAUUUAUAUGCAGAUUAUACAUCAUCAGAGGCACCUGGCUGCGUUGAACAAUGCCGCUCAUGCCCAGCCACCAAUUUGUCUUCAAUACAUGAUCUGGUGCCAUGCAGCCCUGGUCAGCGAAAAAUAUAAUCCUCUACAUCCAGCAUUCUACGAAAGAGCCCGCAAGUACGCCGAGGCGGAUGAGAUGAAAGGCUAUGGCGCAGGGAUCCUCUCAUUAUCACAUGCUCAAACAUGGCUCCUUAUCACUGCGUACGAGUACAAGAUGAUGUUCUUUCCGAGGGCUUGGUUAAGCUGUGGAAAGGCAUCUAGGCUCGCGAUUAUGCUAGGGCUGCAUCAGCUAGACAGCCCGAAUCCCCAGGCGAAACAGUGCUUCAUGCCUUCUACGGAUUGGGUGGAGAAGGAAGAGCGACGGAGGGUCUUUUGGAUGACCUUUUGUAUUGAUAAAUUUGCCACCAUUGGAACAGGCUGGCCUGUCGGGGUCGACGAGGCAGAAGUCAUGACAAAUCUCCCUGCUAGUGAGGAAGCCUUUAUUACAGGCCAGUCGGAGCCAACGGCAUGUCUUAGUGAUAUUUUAAAGGGAGAGGGACUCGCAACAUUGUCCCCUUCGGCAAGUGUCGGCUUCGUGUCGUGCAUCUUCGGCCGAAUUACAAACCAUCUUCGUCUCCCUCACUCGCAGAACGACGAUAGUUAUAGUACUGGAGGCUUUUGGCAGCGGCACAGGUCUUGCGACGAGAUUCUGCUCAAUUUUGCUCUAUCAAUGCCAAAUCAUCUACGUCUUCCCAAUGGGAUGGGCGAUCCCAAUAUCAUUUUCUGUAACAUCGCUCUUCAAACGGCCGUUAUAUGCCUUCAUCAAGCUGCGAUCUACAGAGCGGAGUGGAACAGCAUAUCAGAGUUUCCGAUUGUUGAAAGCAAGCUAAGGUGCAGUGCUGCUGCUCAGCAAAUUCUGGAGAUUAUAAAGAUGGUUGGUCCUAUAAACAUGAGCAAGGUGAAUCCUUUUGUGUCAUUCUGUGUCUAUGUGGCAGCACGCGUGUACAUUCAGCAUCUCAAGCUUCAUCCUGAUGAUACAGAAGCCCACUCUGCUUUCCAGUUCUUCCGUUCGGUUAUUAAUACCCUCAAAGCUACAAACCCCCUAGCUGAAUCCUUUCUCUUCCAGUUGGAUGUUGACAGUGAAGGAAGGUCUUUCGAAGGCCUUCGGCUACCGACAAACAAUUUUCCCAUUUCGAUGCUUUCUCCUAGCAACCUAUAG